AUUUGUGAUAUUUGAACGAUUGAGAACAACAGGAGGCGUCGCCGCGAUCGAUGGCGUAUCCUACUCCUCCAUAUGAACAGAUAAGGCCUGCCAGGAACGUCACAUUUCACACAAGCUAUAGGAAAGGUGUGAGAUACCAACGGCUGACUGCAGCACCCGAGAAACAGUGUAGCACGUUGUGUCCUGGGACACCGCAGCCUCAGGCCUGACGCGUAACGACUACAGUAAGAGCGAAACCGAUGAAUACAUUGUGGUAUGCCUUGUUAACCUCGAAGCUAUUACUAUGAGUCAACGAGUGUCAUGGUUACGCAAGAGACUGCAUGGUGACGGUGAGGUUUUAUCUCAUUCUGUGAUGUGAACCUUAAGCAAAUGUGUUCAACACACCGCCGCUGCAUAAAAUGGACUUCGAUAAUAGCGUUGCUUCUUAUUUACAGCCCCUUCAUCAUCUCUCAACAUCUCAUCACACAUCAGACUCCCAUGGGGACCGUUAUGAGAGUCACUCCAUUCAGCCUUCGGGUCGCCAUGACAACCGGACACGUUGCUACAGCGACAUCUAUGAGCAUCGAAUCUGCAAAUGACAGCAAACCCACCUGGAUGGUUUCGUGUGAACCGAACGUCAUUCAAGCCCACGAAAGCUGACGUGACACUGAUAUUCCGGCUAACGCGAUAAUCACGUAGUUACCCAUGAGUAGUCAAACAGUGUAGUUUACACAUGAUGGUGCGGUAUUCUAGUGUUUUAUUUAUUUGUUUGUUUAUUUAACAUUUUUAAAAUGAUUGUUGUUAUUAAAAUAUUGAUCGUGACCGGUGAUAGAAAGGUAGAAAGUUGAUUUGUACACUAGAGGGCGUCCAUGGAUCAGAAGGUUUACAGAGUGGGGGGGUAUGAUGGGGUAUGAUGGGGACCCAUCAUACCACCACUUAGCAUAAUGUAAAAGUGCUCGCUAAAAUCCUCGCCGUUCUCAAGUAAUGCCGAAAUACAAGAAUAAACUGUUCGUAAUUAUUUUAGAUAUAAAAAUCAAAUCCGAUGAGGUUAUGUACAAAUACCUGCUUUUUUCUUUUUUCCCCGCAGUUGUUUAAUGCCUAGGUAGCUAAUGGCCCAGUGCUAGCCCACACAUCAAUUUUUCAUCAAAUGAACUCAUGUCAAUGUGGGUCUCAGAACACCUCCGUACGCUGUGAUGAGACUGUGUUUCAGGCACGAGGUCAACUAGGACACUUUAAGCGAGAUGCCACACUCUCAGAAAGAUGGUAUUAAACUGUAUUGUAUCUUCCCGUGUCACAGGGCUGGUACCUUAUCAUUUGUACCACUAAUAUACUGUACGCUAUAUGGCCAAAGGUAUCCGUUGCAGUCUUAUUGAACGAUGGGCACUAAUAUGGAUUUGGUCCACUUUUGCUGCUAUAACAGCUUCCACUCUUCUGGGAAGGCUUUCCACUAGAUUUUGGAGCCUGGCUGGAGGGAUUUCUGUCAAUUUGGCCACAAGAGCGCUAGUAAUGUGCGAGAUGGUCUGGGGUGCAGUCGGUGUUCCAGUUCAACUCAGAGGUGUUCAGUGGGGUUGAGGUCAGGGAUCUGUGGAGGACACUCGAGUUCUUCCAGUCCAAACUUUGGUAAACCGUGUCUUCAUGGAGCUCGCUUUGUGCACAGGGACGUUGUGAUGCUGGAACAGGUUUGGGGAAGAACCACAUACAGUAACGUUUGGCCAUAGAGUGUAUCUUUCACAUGGAAAUAUGAACAGCUUUAGUGUACCUUUAAAAAGAUUAAAGGAGCAGAAUCAGACCUUAUAUACUGUAGUUACCUACUAUUGUAAAGCUUUAAAAAAGGCACUAUUCUAAGUAAAAGACAUACUAAAAGGGGCAAGGAGUGGUAAAUAGUUCACUUUUUCUUCUUCUUCUGGGCCAUUUUGGCCUAGUUUUUAAAGGAUGCAAAAUAUUAAUAGUGAUACUGAUCAAUACUGAUUGAUAAUAAUGUUCAACAGUUAAGCUAACCCUCAUAAUCCAAAGCAUUUUUGGCCCAAAAUGAUCUGGUAUCUGGGUGUCGCCUACUACAAACGAUCAGCUGUUAACCAUUAUUACCAUUAUUGGUCCUUAAUGGUAUCCAUUAGAUAUAACAAACCAUUACAGUUUUCCAUCAAAACCAAUACAAUUCCCAUUAUAGCAUUCAAACCAGUACAAAUUCUCAGGUCUAUAAGGCAAGUGAUGUGAUUUUGGCAAACACGUUUAGCAUGAUGCUAAUUUGUGGUGUAAAUGAGACUAAAGAAGGGAAAGAAAUUUGGACACUAGAUAUCUUCUGGCUGCACUGUUUGGGUCCUAGUUUUCUGAAUAACAGACUGCCUUUGACAGACUUUCACAUAGACUUGACUUUGUAGGCUAAAUCUGGAUAUUUUAUUUGAUUUAUUUCCUUUUUCGUUCAGGCACACGCUGUUCUCCUCAGACUCCACCACAGCUGUGAUGGCUGAGGAGAACGUGCCAUGGUGGAUUUGAUGGUGAAACCGUCAUUUAGCUGUGUAGACACACACACACACAUGCGCGCGCGCCCGCACGCGCGCGCCCGCUCAAGUCUCUCAGAUUUGGCGGCAGCGCGAGCGCGUUGGAUCUACCAACCACCGUUGGAAAGACCACACGUCCUCCAAAAGACCCUCGUUUACGAUUAAGCACUGGUUUCGUUUCCUGAAUAAAAAUAAAAAUAAAAAAAAAAGAAGAAAACAGAAGGAUUUCUGUCGCUGCAGGAAAAUGAGAUGAAGUCGGGCGGGUUCUUGGCACGGAUGAGAUUUUUGAGGAUGCUGCGCGAGCGAGGAGGAAACGGGAACGGUAACGGCUCAGGGAUGUGUGAAGUCAAAAUCGAAAAAGCGCUUUCCACGAGGUGAGGUCCGACUUACCACAGGAACAGAGAUGGUGUACGCUCUGCCGAUGGACGCCGCGAAGCCGUCGUUGCACACGGCGCUCAUGACGUACCUGAUGCCGAACAAUUCGGAGAGGGACAACGCGUCGAGACUCGCAGCCAGUUCACCCACGCCCGUCUGCAAUCUGGACACGUCCUCGCUCCAACCAAACAGCAGCCGGGUGUCCUACGAGCUCACUCCGGCGGAAGUGACCGUUCUCGGGCUGAUCUUUGGCGUCUUUUGGCUAGUCUCGGUUCUAGGGAAUGCUUUGGUGUGUCUGGUGAUACACCGCAGCCGCAGGACUCAGUCGACCACCAAUUACUUUGUGGUGUCGAUGGCUUGUGCCGAUUUGCUCUUGAGCCUGGGCUGCGCGCCGUUCGUUCUGCUCCAGGUCUCGUCCGGGUAUUGGCCCCUGAGCGCGGCGGCCUGCAGGGCAGUGCGGUACAUCCAGCACUUGUGUCCUGGUGUGCAGGUCUACGUGCUCCUCUCCAUCUGUGUGGAUCGCUUCUACACCAUCGUGUAUCCACUGAGCUUCAAAGUGUCCCGGGAGAAGGCGAAACGCAUGAUCCUGGCUUCUUGGCUCUUCGACGCGGCGUUCGUCUCCCCGUGCCUCUUUUUCUACGGAUCUUCCUCGGCAGUCGCGCAGAGACACUGCGAAUUUUUCCUCCCGGGAUCUUGGGAUGGUCUGGCCUACGCUCUGAUUCACCUCCUGUUCGGGUUCCUGGUCCCAGCACUUCUCAUCUUAUCCUUCUACCAGAGGGUAGUGCGCUACAUCUGGCGGAUUAGCGCGGACAGACGCACGGUGCGCAGGACUAUGAACAUCGUGCCCAGAACAAAAGUCAAAACCAUCAAGAUGUUCCUGAUGCUCAACACCGUGUUCCUCCUCACAUGGAUGCCUUUUUACGUAGCACAGCUUUGGCAUCCCGAUAUAUCUGCUGGGCCCAGCAGGCAGGGGGCGCUGUUCUUUGUCGCAAUCGCAUGGAUGUCGUUCAGCUCCACCGCUUCGAAGCCAACGCUCUACUCGGUGUACAACGCCAAUUUCAGACGAGGGAUGAGAGAGACGUUCUGCAUGUCGUCCAUGAAGUGCUACCGGAGCAACGCGUACACCAUCACCGCAAGUUCACGGAUAGCCAAGAAAAACUACGUGGGCGUCGUAGACUUGCCUGCGCCGCCAAAAACUCUGAUCAAAGAUUCCGUUUAUGACACUUUCGACCGAGACGCCAAAGAGAAAAAACUGGCAUGGCCUAUAAGCGUCAACCCACCGAACACGUUCGUAUAGAACAGCGCGGUGACGAGUCCGUCCGAACGUACUCGAAGCUGCUCAGGUUCACUUUGCUUCGUUUUGUUUUGGAAACACACCUAGCAUCGAGCACUGAAAGCGCUAUACCUAUUGUCAAUCUAACCGAACCUGACGAGCAGGACACGACAAAAGCAAAAAAAAAAAAAAAAAAAGUUGAACCGACAGUAGCCGGGCGUCUAGCUCGCGUGUUCACGAGGAGACGCGCUUUCGUCUUAUUUCUGUCUGUAACAUGUCACGUAAUGUUCGAUUCCUGUAUGUUGUUGUUUCUCGUGAUCAUAAAUGUCGUGAUGCAGGUUGGAAGACGCUCACUGAGACGAAGGACCCGCGAGUCUGUCUCAUCGAUAUGUCCGUGCAGUCUAGAUGUGUCCCGCGGGUCCGUGUGAGCGACGUCGUCUACACCGCAGUCGACGGACGGGCUUUCGACCGACGCUUUCGUUUCUUACCAUCGAGUGUUACUUUCUGUAGGGAUCACGUCCUUUUCCAGCAAACUGUCCAAAACUGUACUGCGUUAAACAACGAUGAGCAAAGAAGAAGAAUAAAAAGGAAUCUGUUGCAUAUCAAAUGCGGGCUCAUUUUCUUC